AUGGAAGCUCCUCUGGCAUUACAGCCUCCCAGGCAAGGUGGUCAACCUGAUCAAAAGCUCAUACGAUGCAAGAACCUGCAGAGUGAUCCAUGGAGGAUAGCUUACCAACAGCUCCCAGGUGAAGACUGGAGUCCGACAAGGAUGCUUAUUAUCCCUGUUCCUCUUCCUCAUCCCCAUCGACUGGAUCAUGAAGACAUCCACCAGCAAACGCAGAAUGGAAUCCAGUGGACCUUGCGGAGUCAACUGGAUGACUUGAACUUUGCGGAUGACCUCAUACUUUUCUCCCACAGUCAGCAGCAGAUGCAAGAGAAGAUCAGUAUGUUGGCAGCUAAAUCAGCACAGGUUGGACUCAUCAUCCACAAGGAGAAGACCAAGAUCCUUAAGAUCAACUUCAGCAACAUCAACCCAAUCACCCUGAAUGGAAGUCCCCUGGAGGAACUACAGUUCUUCACCUAUCUGGGCAGCAUCAUCAACCAGCAAGGUGGAACAGAUGCAGACGUCAAG